AUGGAGUCUCGCAUCGACAAGCGAGACCUGCUGCUCGCGCCGGAGCCGCAAUCCGUGUACGACACGGCCGUUCUCUGCGGGCGGUAUAUAAAAAACCGAGCCGUAUCCGUCUCCAAGUCCAUCAUGUCCACCAGCGCCGCCGCCUCGAACCUCGCGAGCCCCCGGCGAUCACCGUCCCCGAGCCGGGCCGGCCACGGCCACGGCGCCCCUCACAAGCCGUCGCGCGGCCACUCGGCCACGGCCUACCUCUCGGGCGUCCGAGGCGUCGCGGCCGUCAUCGUCUUCCUCUUCCACUCGACGUGGGCGCUGACCGCGGCCGUCGACGACGGCUACGGCCUGUGGAACGCCAACCACCACGUGCUCCAGCUGCCGCUGCUGCGCCUCGUCCACGCCGGCCACGCCAUGGUCGGCAUCUUCUUCCUCAUCGGCGGCUACGUCAACGCCGUGAAGCCGCUGCAGCUGAUGCGCGAGCGCCGCCACGCCGAGCUGGUGCCCGCGGUGGCCGCGAGCCUGCUCCGCCGCGGCAUCCGCCUGUACAUGCCCGCGCUGGUCGCGAUGCUGGCGACGGCGCUGCUCACCUACGCGGGCGCGUUUGAGCCGGCGCGGCGAAACAUGGACACCCUCAAGGAUUUAUUCUACUGGCCCGACUUUCACCCGGGCCGCAAGGAGACGCUGGCGGCCACGCUGCGCGACUGGCAGCAGCAGGUGCUUCAGCUCAUGAACCCGUGGCAGCAGCCGCAUUACCCGCACCUCGACCCGCACCUGUGGACGGUGACGCUCGAGUUCCGCGCCUCGCUCGUGGUAUCGCUGAGUCUGUCUGCCGUUGCCUGCUGCCGCGUCGGGUCGCGUCUCGCUAUCCUCACGCUGCUGACGCUCUUUAGCCUGCGCUGCGACCGCUGGGAGAUUGCGCUGUUCCUGACGGGUGCUGUGCUCGCGGAGCUGGAUCUCAUGCGCAAAGACGCGGCCAGGGCGACCGCGUCGUUGCCUGCUGCGCGGGACAUGAUUGACUUGGACGUCGAGGCAAAGCGGGACGCCGCGCCGCCGCCAAGACCGCCGGCGGAGCACCGCGUAAUACGGAGUCUCGGCAUCAUGCUGAUUGCGUUGGCAGGCAUGUACCUCAUGUCGUUCCCACCAUCGCACGCAGAGGAGACGCAGGGCUUCAUGCUCAUUUACAAGUGGCUGGUGCCGAGCUGGACCAAUGACCCGAAGCGCUACGUACUCGGUCCCGGUGCGGUGCUCUUCAUGAUUGCCGUGUCGAGCAGCGCGACGCUGCAGCGGCCGUUCCUCACGGCCACGGCGCAGUAUCUCGGCACCGUCAGCUACGCGCUGUAUAUUGUGCACGGGCCGGUGCUGCACUCCGUCGGGUACGUCGUGACGCCUGUGGUGAUGGCGGUGACGGGCUUGGAAACGGACAGAGAAUGGGCGAUGGGCAUGGUGCUGUCGACGGUGAUCAACUUUGCCGUGGCGCUGGGCGUCGCAGAUGUGUUUUACCGGUUCGUCGAUGUUGGCAGCGUGCGCAUGGCGACGGCAUUUCAGCGAAUGUGCUUUCAGAGUGGGUAUUAA